CGGAACUAUUUUACUGUAACACAGUCCGACCUACAAGGUUAGUGUGUUUUCUGUCCAAAAGUGUUGCAGUCAGCCAUGAAUAUUGCCCGGACUGUUGCGAUAUACGUAUCAUAAGUGUGCUUUGCUGAACUGGGUUCAGCAGGAUGGUUCUGUGUGCGGUUGAACGGUGCUUGCGGAAGAGCUGCGGAGUCUGGAGCAGACUGCACUCGAGCCAGAGGAGGAGCUGUGUUUACUCCAGCCGUCAUGGCUUCAACCAGGACGAGAUCAGAGGGAAGCUGUCGGCCUUUCCUGGUGGUUCCAUCGACCUCCUGCAGCAGGAGUCAGGCAUCGCUGUGCUGACGGUCAACAACCCGUCCCGCAUGAAUGCCUUCUCUGGAGGUAUGAUGGUGGAGCUGGAGGAGAAGGUGACGCAGCUGGAGAGCUGGACUGAAGGUAAAGGCCUCAUCGUCCGGGGAGCCGCCGGAACUUUCUGCUCCGGUUCUGACCUCAACGCUGUCAGAGCCAUAUCUAACCCACAGGAUGGGAUGAAAAUGUGUAUGUUCAUGCAGAACGUUCUGAUGCGGCUGCUCAGGCUGCCGCUGAUUUCAGUUGCCCUUGUUGAGGGAAGAGCUCUGGGAGGAGGAGCCGAACUCACCACCGCCUGUGAUUUCAGGUUAAUGGCACCUGGCAGUGUGAUCCAGUUUGUCCACAAACACAUGGGACUUGUCCCAGGAUGGGGAGGCGCCGCACGACUGGUCCACAUUGUCGGAAGCCAGAAUUCACUUAAGCUGCUCGGUGGUGCCCUAAAAAUAGACCCUGAUUUUGGGCUGCAGAUCAAACUGGCGGAUGGAGUCCUGGAGGAAGGAGAGGCGCCGCCGCUGAGCCAGGCGGAGACUUGGCUGGCUCGCUACACCAAAGGUCCUGCAGCGGUGAGCCAGGCCGUGAAGCAGGUGGUGUUGUCGGGCAGAGAUCUCCCUCUAGCUGACGCUCUCAGGACUGAGAAGGAUGUUUUCGGAACGGUGUGGGGAGGAGCCGCUAACUUGGAAGCACUGGCCAGGAAGUCCAAACAUAAAUGAAACCCACUGGUGUCAGAAAUUUAUGUGACUUUUCACAGACUUAAUAAACCCGUAUGAUUGUGACCACUGGUUAUGAGUCACAGAAUGGGCUGCAGAAGGUAAAUAAGAGGAACAUUGAUGUGCCCUGGUGAAGGAGUCCAUCCUAAUUGGACAUGCAGGGUGACAGACGGUGUCUUCUGUUUCACAACCUGGGAUCAGUGUUUGCUGGACAGACGCCCAGCAGGACGCUACUGGAAUAUUGAGCAGCUCCAAGCAGAAGCAAACCAUCGGUUCCACCUGUCUCUUUUCCGUCCACUGGUUGUAUAGUUGGUGCUGUCAUUCGCACAAAAAA